CUCUAUCUAUAAGACAGACACCCUCACACGCCAUUUUCCAUUUUCUCUCUCUCUCUACACCCAAAUGACAGUCCUCUGUCCUGUCUGAACAUUGUAUUUCUAUAAACCAGAAACACACCACAGAGUGCAAAACCAAAUACAUGUACACCCCUCUCUCUCUCUCUAUAUAUAUAUCUAUAUACCUUCUUUCUCUCUCUUAAAAACAUGGGAUUCCCAGUUGCUUACACAGAUAUCCUCCUCCCAAAACUACUCCUCCACACACUUACGGUUCUGGGUUUCAUCAGAAAACUCAUUUCCACCCUCCUUCGAUCUCUGGGUCUCGGCGAUUUCCUCGAACCCGACAUUUCCUGGACGGACCGACCCGACUCCGUUUCCGAAUUCCACUCCGUCUCGGCCGUUCUGAUCCGGGAACUCCUGCCCGUCGUGAAAUUCUCCGACCUGGUGGACCCGCCCGAGAGUUGCGCGGUAUGCCUGUACGAGUUCGACGGUAGUGAUGAGAUCAGACGGCUGACCAAUUGCCGCCACAUAUUUCACCGGAGCUGUCUGGAUCGUUGGAUGGACCACGAUCAGAAGACGUGUCCGCUCUGUAGGACGCCAUUCAUCGCCGAGGAUUUGCAGGACGAGUUCAACGAGAGGCUUUGGGCGGCUUCUGGUAUUUCGGAUUACUACGGCGAGUACUCGCCGAUUAUUGGGUCCUAGUGGGUUUUGAUUUUGGGGUCUGUUUGGCUGGUUUGUUAGUUGGAAUUGGUUGAGGCCCUAGAAGAGGUUGAGAUGACAAUGUGAAAAUGUAUAGUACUAAAUUUAUCAAAAUAAGAAUUUUACCCAAAAAAAAAAAAACAAAGAUUGUAUAGUUUAUGGUGGUUUAAAUAAUUUUGAUAUUGGACCCUCCGUUAAAUUAUAUUUAUUUCUUUUAAAAUUCAUUACUUCUUUUUGGA